AUGUUCCAGGAGGAAGAGCGAAGUGAUCGGAGAAGAAAAAAUGUCAUGGGAAACUAUAAUUAUUACAAAAUGUUUGGGUGUUUUAAUCGCAAGUUUAAAAUCAGCGAAAUGGGUCCACCGCCGGACGUGAUCGACGUUUUUCAAUCAUAUUCCAUGGGCGAAUCGGAGAUGUUGCCGGAUACUUUUUUACGCUUCUUGAUUGAGUUUCAGGGAGAAGAAUCGACGACGAUGGAGGAUGCCCAGGAUAUCAUGGAUCGGAUUCUCAACCAUUCCCGCUCCCAUUUGACCCGCUACGCUUUCAAUAUUCACGAUUUCUUCCAUUAUCUACUACUUGAUGACCUCAAUGGCCCUAUUCAAACUAAGGUACACCAUGACAUGAGUGCUCCAUUGCAACAUUAUUUCAUAUACACUGGUCAUAACUCAUACCUUACUGGAAAUCAACUCAGCAGUGAUUCUAGUGAAGUACCAAUCAUAAAGGCUCUUCAAAGAGGUGUUAGGGCAAUAGAACUUGAUUUAUGGCCUAAUAAUGCAAAAGAUGGAAUACAAGUACUUCAUGGCAGGACCCUGACGACUCCCGUUACACUUCACAAAUGUUUAAAGUCCAUUAAAGAGCAUGCUUUUGUAAAUUCUUCGUAUCCUGUUGUUAUCACUUUAGAGGAUCAUCUUACUCCAAAUCUUCAGGCUAAGGUUGCAGAGAUGGUCACAAACACUUUUGGGGAGAUGUUAUACUGCCCAAAGCCAAGUGAUAAAGAUGAAUUCCCUUCACCUGAUUCAUUAAGACAUCAAAUCAUUCUUUCAACAAAACCUCCAAAAGAAUACCUUCGAUCCAAGAAUCCGCGCAAAGAACGCUCGUCUCUGGAUAAAGAUUCAUCUGAAGAAGAGUCGUACAUGGGGGACGAACGCAGCAGCAACAGUGAUCAGGAUGAUGAUGAUGAGAGCUGCAGUGCAAGCAAGAGAAACAAUGAGAACGAGAUAGCAAGCUCGAGCAGGAGUCGACGGUUGUCCGAAAUCCUUGGUGUUGACUAUGAAGACGACGAUAUCGAAUACGAAAAAUCUGGACAGCAAGCGGCCCCGCAGUACAAGCACCUCAUUGCAAUUCAUGCAUCUAAACCGAAAAAGGGAACAAGAAGGGCAUUAAUGGAUGAACCAGGGAAAGCUAAACGACUUAGUUUGAGUGAACAAGCCCUUGAAAGAGCUGCAAGUCUUUAUGGUACUGAUAUAGUCAGAUUCACACAAAAGUAUAUUCUUCGGGUGUUCCCCAAGGGAACACGGGUUACCUCCACAAACUUUAGACCGCUUACGGCAUGGAUGCAUGGUGCUCAAAUGGUUGCCUUCAAUAUGCAGGGGUAUGGGAGAUCACUUUGGAUGAUGCACGGGAUGUUCAGAUCGAAUGGAGGGUGUGGUUAUGUUAAAAAGCCCGAGUUUCUUAUGACCAAGGGUCCUAAUGGCGAAGUAUUUGACCCGAAAGCGAUAUUACCCGUGAAGACAACUUUGAAGGUGAAAGUAUAUAUGGGAGAUGGAUGGCGUUUGGAUUUCAGCCAGACUCAUUUUGAUGCAUUCUCACCACCAGAUUUCUAUGCAAAGGUGUAUAUAGUUGGAGUGCCGGUUGAUGUAGCGAAGAAGAGGACGAGAGUGAUCGGAGAUGAUUGGACGCCCAUAUGGAACGAAGAAUUCACCUUCCCGUUGAGAGUCCCGGAGCUAGCUUUACUUGAGAUCGUUGUACAAGAAUACGAUGUCGAUAAAGAUGACUUUGCGGGUCAAACGUGUUUGCCCGUAUCGGAAUUGAGACCCGGGAUUCGCGUCGUUCCUCUCCAUAAUAAGAAGGGAGAGAAAUUUAAAUCUGUAAAGCUUCUUAUGCGGUUUCUCUUUGUAUAAAUUAAGACAUAUGAUGGUG